CUUCACCAGUAAACCAUCAGGUGACGGUUCUUCUGAUCAGCUUCCCCAGACUGCGUAUGGACCCGUUGCAAGCGAGAACACUCUCUGGCCUCUUUCUGCAGGCACAGCCACUCUACAGACCACUACCUGGACCAAUGUCAUCGAGGAUGAGACCACUUCUUACACAAUCGACUAUCCUCUCACCACUCUUGCCACCGUCGCCGUUCACCGAAAGCGGUUCUUUCGCCGCCAAGGCAUGUCUUGGUCUAACUCUACUGCCUCUGACUCCAGUGUGACUUCUCCUACGGCCACAGAAACGUCUUCCAAGGCCAGUUCUCCUUCCAUCUGUGCAACAGGAAGAAGCAUUGGAAAUACCACCAUUGAUUUCGAUAACUCCAAGCCCGGGCCUCUCUUCAACCCCGUUGAGAACAUCUGGUUUUCAGGAGGUUUCCUUAUCGCACCCCCUUCCUCUAGGCAAUCUCAACCAUACAUCCCUACUUCUGGUGGUCAGCUGGUGGAGUUUGUUCCCCCAGCACUCUCCAACACAACAUCUACGAUCUCGGGAGACGUCGCCCAGAUUGGCGUAGGCCCCCACGCCGCCAGUCCUUGCUUCCGAUUCGACCUCUUUGGAGCCAGCCUUGGAUGUGAUGCAAGUGGAGACGAGAAGUGGUGCGAGUUUGAGAUCUCAGCCUACCGCUGGAAUGAAACUUCGUCUACCGAAGAGUCCAUCGCUUGGUCGGAAACCAAGCAAGUACCGGCUUGUCCAACAUUUUCCGAGGGCGGCUACGAGCUGACCCGCGUUGACCUGGUUGGCUAUACAGACCUCUCCUCGGUUCUGAUCACCGUGCGUGUUUCUCAAAAUCUCCGUGUCUGGUGGGGUGAUGACUUCCGUGUCGGCUGGACUGACAACAGCUGUAUCGCUGCCUCUUGCCGUACCAACGUCCCAUCUCAGUUUGUCAAGCGAGAGACUGUUCUCUCUGCCCUUCGACAAGGUGUCUACCAGUGGACACCUCAUGAGCUCAAGCGUCUAGAAGACAGUCUGGUUUAGGAAUCUGCCAACUGAAGAAUGUCGCGAUGCAACGAACUCUAUUUGUAUUGAAAGAUGGCGCAUUCAUGUCGAGCGAUUUGCUCUGUAUUAUUGUCACAAUUUGAAACGCAUUUUCUUGGACGGGAGGUGUAAUGGUUGAUGCUGGGACAUGGGUUUAAUUGAGAGGCAGUUAGAUGGAUGGGAAAGCAUCAUGUCAGAUAUGAUCGGAUGACCCUUGUUUGCCCAAGUAAUUGAGAUAAAGAUGUAUCAA